GCUGCUGUGAUGUUGCGGUGGCGUUUCAACAACAGUGAGGCAUGGGUUACGACAGGUAGACUAUAGCCGGACAUUUACCAAAUCACAUAUUACUGAUUCGAAAUAAUAUCUGUCUUAAUCAUGGGACAGUGUGGAAUCACCUCAUCGAAGACGGUGCUGGUCUUUCUCAAUCUUAUAUUUUGGGCUGCUGCUGGAAUCCUGUGCUAUAUUGGGGCCUAUGUGUUUAUCACAUACGAUGACUACGACCAUUUCUUCGAGGACGUGUAUACCCUUAUUCCGGCUGUGGUUAUAAUUGCAGUUGGAGCUCUCCUUUUCAUCAUCGGCCUUAUAGGUUGCUGUGCCACCGUACGAGAGAGUCGCUGUGGGCUAGCUACGUUUGUCAUCAUUCUCAUGUUGGUGUUUGUGACAGAAGUGGCUGUGGUGGUGCUUGGUUAUAUUUACAGAGCAAAGGUUGAAGAUGAAGUCAAUACCUCCAUCAAGAAGGUAUAUAGUGAAUACAAUGGUACAAACUCUGAUGCCCCAAGUCGUGCAAUUGACUAUGUGCAAAGACAGCUCCACUGCUGUGGGAUUCACAGUUACUCAGAUUGGAGGGAUACACGCUGGUUCAAUGAGUCCAGAAACAACAGUGUGCCAGUGAGCUGCUGUCAACCUAACAUCAAGAACUGCACAGGCUCCCUCACACAUCCCGGGGAUCUUUACCAGGAGGGAUGUGAAGCCUUGGUUACGGACAAAUUGAAGGAGAUCAUGAUGUAUGUCAUCUUGGCUGCAUUGAUGUUUGCUGCCAUUCAGAUGCUGGGGAUGCUCUGUUCGUGUGUGGUCCUGUGUCGUAGGGGCCAUGAUCCCGUCUAUGAACUGCUCAUUACGGGGGGGACCUAUGCAUAGAAAUGACACAUCUUGUUUUCUUCAUAUACCAAGCUGCAACUCCAAACCUUGUUGGGAGAGGCAGCAUGUUAUCUACUGUAACAUGCUUUCAUUAUAUAUUGAGAAGCUGCUUACACAGCUCAUAUUGUGUAAGAAGCCAUUGUUACACUAAUGGUGGGUGAAAACUUGAUCAUGUAUUAACAUGCUUUAUAAGUUGCUGGGGGGGGGGGCUGAUCAUGAUGGUAUUCUUGGAUUUAUCAUGUAUGUAAUAUAUCUAUGGCUUUGCAGUUAUUUAUACUUAAAACCUAUCUGUAUUCUGUAGUUAUAGAUUCUGUGUGAAAAGUUGCCAUACACUUCCCAAACUUAUUUAUAUCCAUACCCUUAACUAGCAAUGUCCCUAUUAAGAAACAGUGUAAGAAACAUCAGUCUAAAGUUAUUAGCCUGUUAAGAAUUUAGACAUUUCAACAUGUACAUUUUGAAGAGGCAAACAUUGCUUAAUAAUGUGAAUAGACUGGAGAAAUGUUUCAAAGUCUUUCAUACAGUA